GAACUGCCCACCGGUAAAACCAUCCAUGCAGCAAACCCAUUCGGUUAUGCAACUCCGAGACCCCGACUCGUAGAAGUAAUCACAUAUAUAGGGUCUAGCCAGCAAUUCAUCGAGUUCUUCCUCCACUAUUUAGAUCCUGUUGCAUACUGUACACAUUGAGUCUCCUCUUCCCACAUUACCCCUCCCCUCCUCCUAUUCACAAUGCCCCGCAAAUCCAUCCUAUCCGUCAACGCCGGCUCGUCCUCGGUCAAACUCACCUUCUACACCUUCGAACAGUCGCCCAAGGUGAUUGCGACCGCGCAGGUCUCCGGUAUCACUGCCCCACCAGCCAAACUGAAGUACACCUGCGGCGCGAAGAACCACAGCGAAGAGAUCAAGGAAAGCGUCGGGACCCCGCAGGACGCCUUCAAGUUUCUCCUCGGCCGCUGCGUCUCCGACCCGGAACUGUCGGAAGUCGGCAGCAGCGACGAUCUGGCCUACAUCUGCCACCGCGUCGUCCACGGCGGCGACUACGACUCCUCCGUCGUGAUCACCGACGAGACCUACCAUCAUCUGGAGAAGUUGGAGGACCUGGCACCAUUACACAACUUCUCGGCCUUGGAAAUUAUCCGCCAUUGCCGGACGGAAAUCCCAAAUGUGAAGAGCAUCACCUUCUUCGAUUCGGCGUUCCAUCAGACCAUCCCCGAGCAUGUGCGCACGUAUCCGAUUGACCAGGAGAUUGCCAAAUCCAAGGGGCUGCGGAAAUACGGCUUCCAUGGCAUCAGUUAUUCGUAUAUCCUGCGGUCGGUGGCGGAGUUCCUCGGCAAGCCCGCAGAGCAGACCAGCGUGAUCGCGAUGCACGUCGGCAGUGGGGCUUCGAUGUGUGCGAUCAAGGAUGGAAAAUCGGUCGAUACCACGAUGGGCCUGACCCCCUUGGCUGGAUUGCCGGGUGCGACGAGAAGCGGCGAUAUCGACCCAUCACUUGUGUUCCACUAUACCAGUGAAGCAGGCAAACUGAGCCCGGCCAGCACCAAAGAAAUGCACAUCAGUACGGCCGAAGAGAUCCUCAACAAGAAGUCCGGGUGGAAGGCCCUGACGGGAACCACAGACUUCUCGCAGAUCGCUGUCGAGAACCCCCCGACCGCCAGCCACAAACUCGCCUUCGACAUCAUCGUCGACCGCAUUGUCGGCUACAUUGGCAACUACUACCUGAAACUGGGCGGCCAGGUGGACGCGCUCGUGUUCGCGGGCGGCAUUGGGGAGAAGAGCGCGUUGCUGCGGAAGGCCGUGGUCGAGCGAUGUCAAUGUCUAGGCUUUGCCGUCGACGAGGAAUCCAACGACAAAGGUCCGAGCGAGGACCAGACGGUGGUGGAUGUCUCCAGAGAUGGCGGUUCCAAGGGACCACGGGUGUUGAUUUGCCAGACCGACGAACAGUACGAGAUGGCACACGGCUGCGUUGAGAAGUAUGGCACGGGUUCCGGCUUGUGAUCCGACCCAUCUUCACGGGAAGAUAGGUGAAGGGGUUGGACAUGAGGCAAACGAACCGUGACGACCUGUAAUGCUUAGAUGUUUCAGUUGGAAUGAGAAGCAAGAUCAAUCGGGGGAGCCUCCCCCUGAUUCAGCUAUGAGCAAUGCCUCUCUCUAGACUAUAUUCAACGAACUCAGCUGGGAGGGACCCGGUUAAGACACUCAUCUCCCGGAAACUAGACAAGCCAGCCCAGGUCUCGGAUCGAGGAGAAACACGAACACACACCCCUUCCAGGCCUGGUAUACAGAAGCGAAGCGCAACGUGUGUGAAUGAUAAGAUGCCAGAGACAAAGCAGAGACAAGUAAUCCCAAGUACUUACUGUAUGUAGUGAUGUGUUAAGUUAGUAGGAGCAAAGCAAGCGAUGAGUGCGCACAGUCC